AUGGCGGUGGGGGUUAAUGGUAGAAUAGGGUCAUGUCUGCAGGGACUAAGGCUGAGGCUCAUUUUGGAAGGGGGAGAAGAGGAGAGGGCUAGGGUGGGUAUGCGGUAUAGGUCAGGUGUUAGCGAUGGAUCAGUGAGGGGUGGUAGAGGUAGGCGAGAGGUAGUGGAGGUUAGGAGGGUCAGUGGUAGGCUGAUAUCAAUUAAGUUGGUCAUUGGGGGGUUUACACUGCAUGUUGGUAGUGUGUAUGCACCACAGGCGGGCUUGGACAAGGAUGUGAAAGUGACUUUUUGGGAGAAUUUUGACGAGGAGGUGAGAAGCGUGCCUAACUCGGAGAAGAUUGUCUUAGCGGGGGACUUUAAUGGGCAUAUCGGGGUUUUAUCGGGAGGCUAUGAUGAUGUGUAUGGGGGAUUUGUUUUUGGAGAUAGAAAUGGUGAGAGAUCUGCCCUGUUAGAUUUUAUGAGGACCUUUGGGCUGGGGGUAGUGAAAUCGAGCUUUUUGAAGAAGGAGGAUCACCUGAUUACCUUUUGA